UUCCAGGGACCAGAAUUUCUCUACAACAGCGAAGAACAUUGGUUGAAGAUUCCGGAUGAAGGUAUCGAUGAAAGUGAUAAGGAGCUACGGGAAGCGUAUGUGUGCAGCCACCUAGUUAGACAACCAUUGGUGAAUACUGAAAGGUUUUCGCGGUUCGACAGAAUGCUGCGCUCAGUGGCGUAUGUUCAUCACUUCGUGGAUAGUCUACGGUCAGCGAAAAGGAAGGAAAAACCUGCUGAUGUUAUGGGGCUGACUAGUGCGGAAAUUCAGAAAGCGGAAAGGACGUUAUGGAUGCUAGCGCAGGCGGAUGCGUUUCCGGACGAAGUCGCAACCCUCAAGCAAAACUUGGAACGUUGCCGGGGAAGCCAGAAGUCAGUGGGAUCGACCAGUUGUCUUGCGAAACUUUCACCAUUCGCUGAUGACUUCGGAGUGCUGCGAGUAGGCAGUAGGGGCGCAGAAGCUCAUGUACUGACCUUUGAUGCUAAGUUUCCCAUCAUUCUGCCAAGAAAUCAUCGGGUCACCGAGUUGCUGCUGGAUUUCUUUCAUCGGAAAUAUGGUCAUGCCAAUGAUGAAACCAUCGUCAACGAGGUACGUCAGAAGUUCCACGUGCCACGCCUUCGAGUGGAAAUACGUUCAACGAGGAAACGCUGCAUGUGGUGCCGCAUACACAGAGUCAUGCCUGUGGCUCCAAAAAUGGGACCGCUUCCAGCUGUACGGUUGGAACCAGGUGUUCGCCCGUUCACCUUUGUAGGCGUCGAUCUUUUUGGUCCAUAUUUGGUGAAAGUCGGGCGGAGCGUAGCCAAACGAUGGGUAUGCCUUUUUACCUGCCUUUCGAUCAGGGCAAUUCAUCUAGAGGUAGUUGCUAGUUUGUCCACCGAUGCGUGUAAGAAGGCCAUCAGAAGGUUCAUAGCCCGGAGAGGUUCCCCGCUUGAAAUCUACUCCGACAAUGGGACCAAUUUUGUAGGAGCAAGUCGGGAACUACAAGACGAAAUCAAGAAGAUCCACACCGAUUUGGGAAGUACCUUUACAAAUAGCCACACUCAGUGGCGGUUCAACCCCCCUGCUGCUCCUCACAUGGGGGGCUGCUGGGAACGUAUGGUUCGAUCGGUAAAAUCGGCACUACAAGCGGUUCCUAUAGAGCGAAAACUGGAUGACGAAUCGUUUGCGACGGUGCUUGCCGAGGCAGAAAGUAUGGUCAACUCUCGACCGUUAACGUUCAUCCCUUUGGAAACGGCGGACCAGGAAUCGUUGACCCCGAACCACUUUUUGUUGUUAAACUCAAAUGGUGUGCGCGAACCGGUGAAGUAUCCAACGGAUUUAGGGACGGCGUUAAGAAGUAGCUGGAACAUGGUCAAGCACACGUUGGACAACUUCUGGCGACGAUGGGUGGUAGAGUAUCUUCCGACCAUUAUUCGCCGCACGAAAUGGUUCAAGGAUGUACGACCGAUCCAGGUAGGAGAUUUGGUGCUCGUAGUCGAUGAAAAUGUCAGGAACAGAUGGAUACGUGGACGAGUCAUCCGAACGAUUCCGGGUAAAGAUGGCGUGACACGUCAAGCGGAGAUAAAUACUAUAGGAGGAGUUUUGAAGAGGCCCGCUACCAAGUUGGCUGUGCUGGACGUGUUGGGAUCUGGUGACGCUGAACCGGAAGUUAAGGCGACACGGGGGGGAGGAUGUUAGCCGCAACAGCUCCUCGUAUGGAACACCCUGUAGCGAGCCAAUGUGAGCCACUACCUAGACCCAACGAACUGUCACGAACGACGGUCGAUGGUCGGUACUGUCAUGAAUGAGGGUCGACGAUGACAAACGAAAUUGAAGUCAAAGUAAUAAGUAAUCGUGAAUUGGAAAAUCUUGUUUUGCUAAAUAGUGGAUUAUUGUGAAUUAUCAAGUAUUCGAAAUACAGUUUGAAUUUCUCUGUGCGAAUUGAUUGUGAGUGAACUAUAUAGGAGACUAAAAUGUAAGUCAUAAGAUUAGGGAGCUAAUAAUAUCCAACUAAUAAAAACAUUACUUACAGCUUGAGCUGAACAUACUCGAAACAACGAGUUUCUGCUUCGAGACCUCCGAAAUAUCUCUUCG